GUGGGAUGUUGUGUUUGUAACAAGGGAUUUAAAGAAUGGAGUCUGACGAGAGAAGGUAUUGUUUAUGUGGUCAAACUUACGAUGCUACAAGAGAUAUGAUCCAGUGUGAUGGCUGCAAAGAGUGGUAUCAUCAAAGUUGCGUCGACCUGCAAGAAUAUCUUGUUCCAUACGUGGACAAGUUUCAUUGUCCUAAGUGCAUCCACAUAGCUGGGCCUUCAGUGUUUAAAGAGCAGACAAACUGGCAUCGACAUGAUCCAACUGAACAGAAUGCAGAUUCGAGACCAGUACAGAGUGGGACAACUGUUUUCAUUGAGGAACUGAAACUGAGACAUUUUCCCAGCUGUGAAGGUAUAAUUGUCACAAUGAAAGGAGAAGAGCUCUCGGUGCCUUAUCUAAAGGAGCAUGGUUUUGACAGACCUAUAAUUAUAAAAGACAAGAAAGGACUUGGAAUGAAGAUACCAGAGAAAUCAAUAUGGGAAGUUGCUAGUUACAUAGACUCAGAGCGAAAAGUUGAUGUGAUUGAUGUUAUCAGACAGACCACCCUCACAAUGCCUUUCAAAACAUUUAUUGACUACUUUUGUUCUCCAUUUAGCAAAAAUCCUUUCAAUUUAAUCAGUUUGGAAAUAUCCGAUACACGUUUGUCAGAACUUGUAGAAGCCCCUACUGUCGCAAGGGAAUUGGAUUGGGUGAACUCUGCAUGGCCAGAGAGAUCAGAGUGUGACAAGCCUGCAGUACAAAAGUAUUGUUUAAUAGGAAUGAGAGACUCGUACACAGAUUUUCAUAUAGAUUUUGGUGGGACUUCUGUAUGGUAUCAUGUAUACAAGGGUCAGAAGAUUUUUUAUCUGAUAAAGCCAACCCCUGCUAACCUGUCACUGUACCAAAGAUGGACAUUAUCUGCCACCCAUAGUGAAAUGUUCUUUGGAGACCAGGUUGACAUGUGCUAUAGGUGCGUUUUGAAUGAAGGUGAAACAAUGUUGAUUCCAACUGGUUGGAUCCAUGCUGUUUUAACGCCCGAGACAUCGUUAGUGUAUGGAGGGAACUUCUUGCAUAGCCUAAAUAUACCAAUGCAGCUCCAAAUAUAUGAGAUGGAGCGAAGAGCACAGACUCCAAACAAAUUUUGUUACCCUGCAUUUGAGACUAUAAACUGGUAUGCUGCUGGUAGCAUUCUUAUGGAAAUGAAAGAACUAAAUAAGCAAGGGAAGAAACUUCCUGAUUAUCUUGCAGUGGGGAUUAAAGCACUUUUACUUCGGUUAAAGCGCUGGUAUCAAGAAAGAGAUAAAUACUCAGGCCAGGGCGAGGACGGCCAAGUGGAGAGCGCAGGCACACACAGUAGUGCGCGGAAGUGGCAGCCAGCCCAGGUACACAGAUUAGGUGGCCCCAAGGGCUGGCUUGACACGACCAGCCACACGCACCGGUGCAGCACUCAAAGGGUGGCACAUAAAAUGAGGGAAAAGAUACCAAAUGGCAUUGAUGUCUCAAAAUUAUUUAAAGAACUUAACAAAGAAAUCAGGCUAGCUGAGAGAUAUUUGAUUUCUUUGAAUCCUCCAAAGCCAGAAAGAGAAUCAAAGAGGAAAAAAAAGAAACCUAUUAAUGAUGACUUUGUGGAUUUUUCAUUCUGCCCAAAUUUGGAUGAGUGUAUUGAACCUAAGGACCAUGUAAGACUAACAAUUCGGACAGUACCAAAAUUGCCAUUUCAAAAUAAGAAACCUGUUGGUAUGCAACGGCCACCAUUGAAAUUAACACUGCCAAAACCAGCAAUGUAUCCAUAUAGUAUAAAUAAAUUAGAAAAUUUUCAUAUGGUUGACUCAAUUAAUGCUUCUGAUGAAAUAAAUUCAACUCUGAAUCCAACAUUAAAUGAUAAUGUUGAUACAACAUACAAUGGUAGGUUCUUAGAUGAUGAACCUCACCAGUCAAAGACUGAAGGGGAACUGAAAUUAAAAAUAGCAAGAAGUCAAAUUGUUGGUGAAAACAUUGUCUCAUCUGCUGACAGUCUGGUUAAUGAUGCUCUGCAGAAUCAUUCUGAGGAAGAUAAUAUAGAUGCCAUAGGAGGAUCUUCAGUGUAUGAUUUCCAUGAUGAUAGUGAUGAAGAGGAAAUUAUGGCACCUGCAAGCAGUGAUAUUUCAUACCUUCCAAGUGAAAAUGAUACAGAGUCUGACUCGGAUUCAGACAGAUUAAUAAUAAGAGAGCGCAGUUUGCCAAAUAAAAGGAUUGUAGUUAUAUCUAAUGAUUCACCUUUACGGAUGAGGCUUUCAAAUAUGUACAAAAAUGCAGAGGGAGGACAACCAGAAGAUGCUGUGACACCUUCCUCGACUACAGAUGAAGACUCAUUUGAGACCCCGAAAAACGGAAUUGAAGAGUUACUCAAAGCAUCUGGUUAUGCAGAUGAACCACAAGAGCGCAAUGCAAGAUCUGUUGAUAUUGACUCUGGUAGAGCAUCUCCCUCAACAAGAGAGGCGAUUGCAGGUAUGCUGAGUAUUAGUGGAUCCUUUUUAAAUGAAGCUGGCAGCUCUAAAGCAGAUCUUGCACCUAGGUUACAGGGGAAAAAUUUACAGUUAGAUGAAGAAGGCUUGGAAGCAAUGGGGAAAGUCCACCAAGAUGAAGAUUACAUUUACCCAGCAAUUGACACGUCUGAUGACGAAGAUAAUACUUUCAAAUCGAGAGGAAAACGAAAUAUGGAUGAAUCAUGGUCUCCUAGGGCAAGAUUAGGCCCAUUGCUUCCAAAGACAGAUAGGCCUUUGAGAGAAGGGACAAAGAAACAGUGUGUUGAAAAAGUUCUUGAGGCCGCAGCUGCCAAGCGGGCAGUUGUACCAGUGAGUGAAAUUCCUCCGAAGAGACCAUACAAUAAGAAAAAAGUGAAGUACAGUGCUGCGUUAUCUCAGCAGCCAACGAGUACAGUGUCAGCAUUGGGGAUGUUCCCAUCCGCAAGGAAUGGUGAUAUUCAAAAAUAUCGAAAGCCGAAAAAAGGAAUGGCAACAGUAAAGCAACGCCUUGGAAAAAUUUUAAAAAUACAUAGAUUAAAAUUUUGAUGAUAAGUUCCUUCAGUGAUUGCAUGUGUGUGUGGCAAGGAGCUUACAAACUCACUCAAGGUUCAAAUGGUCAUCUGUUCUCUUGUGCGACUGGAUGCGUGCAGAAAGUUAGAAAAUACUUUGUUAUGGUUUAUUACUGUGACU